AUGGCUAAUCGAAGGGGCAUCUUGGAGGAACAGAAGACACGGUCGUUGAAGGCAUUGGUAAUGAGGAGUGAGAGUGACUUCUCUAGAUGCAUAGCUACAGAAGCUCACAACAUCGAAGAUGCCGAAAGGCCGAAAGAGGGCUUAUGCAGCGAACGGCUCUCUAUACCAUUACGUCCUUCUUGUGCUGAACUUAGAAGCUUUUCGACGAGUCGAUGUGAAGCUCUGAAAAAGUGCUGCACCGUUACAGAAAAAUGUGAAAAGCAGCAGCAUACCACGUCGAUUUCAUCAAUGCUAGUAGCCCAGAAGUCGACCGUUUCGAUGCUUUUGCGGGGAUGCCUGUCGAAUCUGGCCGGCUCCUCCUUGUCCAAUGAGACCAGAAAAAGCGACUCGAACACAAUGCGAGCCGUGACAUCGGCAUUAGAUCUGAUGCAAGGGCUAGAGGAGCUUUCGGACAAAACAUCUCAUGAUAAAUCGAUUCCUGCUCAUGAACGAAUACAGUCUAAAUCUACAGCUGUAGAGAGAAGGGACAGCAAUAAUGUCACUGAAGCCUCAUCAUCACCCAUAACCUCCCAAGUGAAGGCUGCGAUAUGGCAAUCUAAGUUCAAGUCAGACUAUAGAAGGAAACCGUCGUCAAAAAGCGAACGGUACCCCGCUCGUAUGUUUGCUGCACCACGCUAUACGAGGAGACGCGAAAUAUCAGUAGUUCGACCAUUUACCGACUCAUUCGAUCCACAUGCACCAAUUCUAACAAUAGACGAAGAAACUAGCAGAGUGGAUGGCACGGCGGAAAUGCUUCGGAUUCAACGUCUUCAAGAGCUGAUGAAGGAAGGAAAUACACGAAGUGGACAUAGUCGUGGACAUGUUGCUCCUAUUGUGACUCCACCACCUCCACCAUCCGCUUCAUCACCUCUCGUGGUAGAUUUGGUUAUCGAUCGAACCUUACAGAAUCCAUUCUUUCCUCCACCGAUUCCACCCAUUCCUCAACGGGAAUAUAGCGUUAAUGCAUAUCGCGAAUAUUCUCCUGCUCAAACUACAACAUCACCGCCUCCUGCCACCCCAUUCUUUCCAAGCACGACCAUCUAUCCAAUUCCUGACACUUCUACUGUAACACCGCUUUAUCUGUUCCGAAAACCAUUUCGUCAAUCACCAAUAGUGGAUUCUGAACACAGUCUCCGAAUACGGAGGCCAUGGUCAAACCGUUUCAAGCUUGUGAAACGUGGAAAAUCCACUUGGAAAGGAACAUCGAAGCGGAAGCAAAAGUACUACAACAUCGGCCGAACAUCGGGAAAACGUGAACGAGGACCGAUACGUUCAAAAAUCGUUGGUGAUGUCACAAAUGCGAUCCGACCAAGUCACACCUUCAGAGAUGAAUUCGCAAUAUAUCCAAAAGACACUGAAGUUUUGACUGACAUAGCAAUUCCAUAUCGAAAUCGGCUUCAGCAUAAAUUACGAGUGACUCCACUUUCGCGAUCCCCAGUAGAAGGCGAUGGAUCAGUCAUGACGGAUCGUUCAGCGCAUGUCCUCAGACCUGAGAAAAAAAAGACAUACCUUUCAACGGAGGAUGCGAUAUACGAAGAUGUUCUACAGCAAGAGCAAAAGCUAUUAUCUCAACGAAAUGCUCAACUGUCAACAGACGAUAUUGCCGACUUCGACGAUAAUGGCAUUCCAUCAUCGCAGCCACAAGAAUUCCAACUGAUUCCCCCACCAUUCGUUGUGUUCAAACAACGAAAAGUCACGGCAUUAACUAAACCCAAAACUAAUUUGGGAUUGACGUCAGAAAGAUUCUAUCGCAUCCGUAAACCCAAUAAGGAAACAAACAAAAACAAAGUGUUGUUCACUACGGAUGUAUCAGCAAAACCGAAAUUUACACAAGCGACUACAACCAGUGAAUCGGUUCCUUCAACGACAACUACGGGCAAUACACCAGAAGAGACCAAGGAUCCAGACAACCCUCUUGAGGGGGCAAUAGUAGAGGAGCCGUUAACAGUAGGUGAAGAUGAACGGCAUGUGAUACCGACCAUAACUUUGUCGGAAUUCGAAGAACAACAUCUUGAACCACUCGGAAUUUCCAACGAGACGAUCACUUUCCGGCCAGACCCGACUACACCUUCGGCAGUGAACGUCAGUGGACCAGUUACGGAAAUCUCCAAUCAAUCUUCCCAGGCUUCUUCUACCCACGACCUUCCUUCCGACAUCACAGAUCCACUGACUUAUAAAGGACCUUCCUUUUACUAUGAGAAGAAUCUUGGAAAUGACACUGAUCAGAAAACAAGUUCCGAAAAUGAUACUUACCAAAAAAGAAUGACGAUUAUUCCGACGAUGAAGAACCCUUAUUGGACUUUGGAUCCACCAGCCAGUAGCUUUCAAGUAGAGGUGAUCCCAUUCCCUAAAAACAAUCCUGUCGAUGGACCUAUGGUUGCCGUCGACCAAAUCGCGACCGUUACUAUCUCCACGACGGAGCAGCCAGAUACGACGGCGACAUUUCCCACCUUAAUGGAAUCCUCGAGCGAUUUUAUCGGACCCCUUCCCCAAAUGAAACGCAGGCGAAUGCAGGCUGCCAAAACAUACAGCAGUGUUCUGGAGCCGUCAGCUGACCCAGACAACUCGUCCACAGCCGGCAAUGACUCGGCAGAUGCCGUCUCAGUUCUACAGAUUUCCGAAACGAUCUCCCAAGUGACAGGUGGCUUACCAAUCCACCCGAAUAAUCUUCCCCGGGCUAUACUUGCGUCAUUGGCCUACAAAAUCACUCUGGCUGUUUUCUAUUCGUUGUUAUCUCGACUCUGUCUCCACACCGUACACAAAUUGAAUGAACUCGGAAAAAGGGACGUUCAGAUCUUGAAACUUUCUCACUGUGAAGUGUAUUCCCUAUGUUUGGACGAGCUUUCACGCGAAGAAAAAGCAUGCGGCACGAAAGCUAGUCGUAUACUGUUGGAAGACCAAAGAAAACGGCGAAGUUCUUGCAAGGAGAAACUUGUCCCGGACUAUCAGGCCGUCGAUGAUGAGACAAGAAGCCUUGCAGAAAUCUACGGCGCUUGUAUCAAGAACCGUCUUGGGCAGAACAUCACCGAAGUGGAGCCAUCGCAGUGUGAUGCAUAUUCCUUGCCGUCAAACCUUGAGAACGAGCCAUGUCGUAGUAGAGUUCAUGUCCUGAAACAGCACUGUUCACGACUGUCCAAAUGUUGUCCAGAUGCCAAAGCGUGUCGUCACGAAGUCGACAGCUCGGAAAGAGGACGUUAUCUGCGAAGGCGAAAGGAAUCCCUAGCAGUGGCCGCCACCAAAUGUCGUAUCCUGCGAUAUAGGAGGAUUUUGAAGCGUGUCAGCCUUCUUGGCAACAACCCAGUCCAACCCUCUUGA